AUGCUUUUGGCCAUUUUAAUAUCGUAUUUCGUAACUUCGGUUUCUGGGAAUAAAACGGACGAACGGAUACUUUUCUUUCACGGACAUGUAUUUGAAAACUGGUCGCAGGGCUCCAAAGUGAAUGGACUGAGCAUCCCGACGAAACGGAUAGAGGCGCAGAGAUGGUGCCCGAAGCCAGGUACCCACUUUAAACUCCUGGGUGAAGGAAGCGAGGAUUUUCAAUUAUUUACUCACCACAAACGCGGGCACAUUUUGCUGAAAACGUCGAAAGUCCUCGAUAGGGAAGAACGAGAUGAAUACCUAUUUGGUCUCGGUUUGUGCUGUCAAAGUUGUGCUCUAUCUGACGGAGUCGUUGCCGAAGUUGCAUCUUUGAAAAUCGACGUGCUAGACACCAACGAUAACGAACCAACAUUUCACAACAGGGAUGUUAAAAUAACUUUGGACGACGCAACUGCCCUCCGCUCUGUGGUGCACAAGGUGACAGCGAAGGACACGGACAGUGGCAAGAAUGCCGAGUUGAUUUACUUCGCGAUUCCGAAAAAUGGCAGUUUCUACGUGGUGCCCAAAACCGGAGAUAUCUUGCUGGUUGAUUCCAUACUUGGUCUGACUACCCCGAUUAAAUUCAGUGUAUUCGCGAGGGACCACGGUUGGCCUUUUCGCACAAGUCAAAAUAUGGACAUCGUGAUAAGUCCUCGACAGUGGUCCGCACGGGAGCCAAGUCUUGGCAGUGAAACUGGUAAACUACUUGUUCGCAAGUCCAGAUCUCUACUGGAGUCGGGAAACCCGCUAGUUAUCAAUGUAUCGGAGGACGCCAGUAUUGGAUCAGUUGUAAUGAACCUGAACCCUGUGAAGUUUCAGGCAGCAAGUUUUGAGUUGGUCUUCCCUGGGUCUGAGAACACACCGGUAACAGUGAACCGGGAUAGCGGAGAUAUAGUCAUCGCCAGGCGGCUUGAUAGAGAGACUGAGCCGGUGGUCGAGAUUACUGUAAAAGUGCAGGACAAACGAGGCUCUGACUGGUACCUGGUUCGGGUGGAGCUGACCGUCACCGACGUAAACGACAAUGCCCCGGAAUGGACCAUGCUGCCCUUCCCCUACCUGGCUGUGGUGUCCCCUGAGUCCCUGCCCGGGUCCCUGGUCUACAAGCUCCACGCCCAUGACGGGGACGAGGGUGGCAACGGGGAGGUGGAGUACUUCCUGUCUGAUGGGGGGGACGGUCGCUUCGACGUGGACCGAAAGAGCGGCCACAUUAAGACCACAGGCCUGCCGCUCCAGCGCGACCGGGAGUACCUGCUGACCGUGGUGGCUGCUGAUAGGCUGGGGAGCCGCGGCCCACCCGCUGUGCUGUCUGUGGUGGCGGGAGCCAGACCGCCGCAGUUCAGCAACAGCUCCUACACCAUCUCUAUACCCGAGAGUACCCCCGAGGGCCAGCCCUUCCUGGUGGCCCCUGCCCUGUCCUUCCAGAAGCAGCCGCUGAGCUACAGCCUGCUCAUCAAUCCCAGCAGCCUCUUCUCCAUCCAGCCGGAGACGGGCGAGUUCAGCCUGACCCGGGCCAUCGACUACGAGAGCGACCAGCACCGGUACCUGCUGCUGGUGCGGGCCAGCGAGAGCCAGGACUCUCUGAGCAGUGCUGCUGAGGUCAGAGUGAUGAUCACGGAUGAGAACGACUGCGUCCCUGAGUUCCUGCAGUCAAUAUACAGCAAAGAUGGCGUCCCGGAAACAGUAACCACGGCAACCUCUCUGCUGCAAGUGUCCGCCAGUGACUGUGACUCGGACCUGAACGCGGAGCUGACCUACCACACCCUGAGCGCCGACUUCAGCGUGUCCGCCCAUGGCACCGUGUUCCCCGCCCGCCCGCUGGACUACGAGCGGCCUAACCACCUGUACGAGUUUGUGGUGAUGGCCGUGGACAAGGGCGAGGUCCCCCGCACCGGGACCACCACCGUGCGCGUGCGCAUGUCCAACGUCAACGAUGAGCCGCCCGAGUUCUCCCAGAGCAUCUAUCGGACCUUCGUCUCCGAGGAUGCCGGCCCCAACACCUUGGUUGCCACAGUGUUGGCCAAGGACCCCGACGGAGAUGGAAUCGCUUACAAGAUCACGUCGGGCAACGAGGAGGGCAACUUUGUAAUCGACAGCCAGAAAGGUCUGAUCCGGCUCCGGUCCAGCCCUCCUCCCAGACUGCAGGGAUUGGAGUACAUCCUCAAUGUCACAGCGACCGAUGACAACGCAUCGGGCGGGCCACACCCACUCUCCUCCGUCGCCCAGGUGAUCGUUGGCGUGGACGACGUCAACAACAACAAGCCCGUGUUCGAAAAGUGCCUGGAGUACAGAGAGAGGUCUUCAGUGCUGGAGAACCAGCCUCCUGGGACCUCAGUGCUGCAGGUGUACGCAGUGGAUGCUGAUGAGGGGGCCAACGGGAAGGUGACAUACGGGUUCAUGCACAAAGACAGCACCAUCCCUGCUUUCAGCAUCCACUCGGAGACAGGUGUGAUCGUCACAGCCAGGAAGUUCGACCGUGAGAGGCAGCGGGAGUACGCGGUCACCGUGACGGCCACGGAUCAGGCGGCCGAGCCCCUGAUCGGGAUCUGCCAGAUCAACGUUCUGAUCCUGGACGAGAACGACAACGACCCCAAGUUCGAGAACCUGCGCUACGAGUACUUCCUGCGGGAAGACACCAUGAUUGGCACCAGUUUCCUGCGUGUGGCGGCUCAUGAUGACGACUACAGCACAAAUGCAGCCAUCACCUACUCCAUGUCCAAGGAGCAACCGGAAUACCUGAGAGUCAACCCUGUUACGGGCUGGGUCUACGUCAACCAGCCUAUUUCACAGAGGUCCCACAUCACCCGGGAGAUUGUUGCCACGGACGGCGGGAACCGCAGCAGCUCGGUGGAGCUGUCCGUCACCAUCACCAACGUGAAGAACCAGCCGCCGCAGUGGGAGAGCCACAGCUACGAGGUGGUCAUCGCCGAAAACACCAUGAGGGACACGCCCAUCGUGACCAUCAAGGCUAUAUCCCUGCUGGGUGACCCCCGGGUGACCUAUAACCUAGAGGACGGGAUGGUUCCGGAGACCAACAUGCCGGUGCGCUUCUACCUGACGCCCAACCGCGAGGACGGCUCUGCCUCCAUCCUGGUGGCCGAGCCGCUGGACUACGAGACCACCCGAAACUUCGUGCUGAGGGUCCGGGCGCAGAACGUGGCCGCUGUGCCGCUGGCGGCCUUCACCACCGUCUACGUCAACGUCACGGAUGUGAAUGACAACGUGCCGUUCUUCACCUCCUCUGUCUACGAGGCUACUGUGACGGAGGGCGCUGAGGCCGGAACCUUCGUCCUCCAGGUGUCCGCCAACGACCUGGACCUGGGGCUGAACGGGAAGAUAACCUACUCCCUGCUGAAGGACCGCAGUGGAGACUACCAGUACUACCGCAUUGACCCGGCGCUGGGUACCAUCUACACCGAGAUGGUGUUUGACCGGGAGACCAAGGGCUCCUACCUGCUGGAGGUGAAGUCUGUGGAUGGGUGGGAGUCCGCUCGGCCUGGCAAAAACGGGCAGCCCAACUCCGACACGGCAUACGUGCGCGUUUUCAUCAGCGAUGUGAACGAUAACAAGCCCGUCUUCGCCGAGAGCGUCUAUGAAGUCAGCGUGGAAGAGGACGCCGACGUGGGCUUCGCCGUCGUCACUGUCAGCGCUAACGACGGGGAUGAAGGUGCCAACGCCAAGCUGCGCUACCAGAUCACGUCGGGGAACACGGGCGGGGCGUUCGACGUGGAGCCCGAGGUGGGUACCAUCUUCCUGGUGCAGCGGCUGGACCACGAGAGGGUGAAGUGGUACCGCCUGCACAUCCUGGCCUCGGAUGGGAAGUGGGAGGACUACACGGCCGUGGUGGUCAACGUGGUGAACAAGAACGACGAGACGCCGGUCUUCUCCGUCAACGAGUACUACGGGAGCGUGACCGAGGAGCUGGACGGCUCGCCCGUGUUUGUGCUGCAGGUAACGGCAACCGACCCAGAUAAAGAUGCGGACCAGGAGUCCCUGCGAUACUCUCUGCACGGCCAGGGAGCCGAGAGUGAGUUCAUCAUCGACGAGGUGACGGGCAAGAUCUACGCGCAGAAAACCCUGAACAGGGAGGACCGGGCGGUGUGGAGGUUUGUGGUGCUGGCCACGGACGAGGCGGGCGAGGGCCUGACGGGCUUCACCGACGUCAUCAUCAACGUGUGGGACAUCAACGACAAUGCGCCUGUCUUCACCUGCAUGCCCGACAGCUGCGAGGGGCACGUGCUGGAGAACUCGCCCCCGGACACCUCCGUCAUGGAGAUGACCGCCACGGACCUCGACGACCCCACCGUGGGCCAGAACGCCGUGCUCACCUACAGGAUUAUGGGUAACGCGAGAGGGGGUGGAGGGGCCAGCGCAGACCUGUUCAGCAUUAACUCCAGCACGGGCACCAUCUCAGUGGCUCUGCCCGGGCUGGACCGUGAGCGGGUGGAGACCUACCUGCUGGUGGUGGAGGCCAAAGAUGGCGGCGGGAUGGCGGGAACGGGCACGGCCACCAUCCGCGUGACGGACGUGAACGACCACGCCCCUCGCUUCGCGGAGGGCCCGUGCCGGGCCCGGGUUUCGGAGAGCAGUGAGCCCAACGCGGCGGUGCUGGAGCUGACGGCCAUGGACGCGGACGUAGGUGAGAACGCCCAGCUUACCUUCAGCAUCGUGGCGGGCGACCCUGAGCAGAAGUUCUACGUGGUGAGCCACCGACAGGACCAGCGCGGCACGGUGCGGCUCAAGAAGAGGCUGGACUACGAGAAGGCAGCCGAGCAGAGGUUCAACCUCACGCUGAAGGUGGAGGACCUUGACUUCUCCAGCCUGGUCCACUGCCUCGUGGAGGUGGAGGACCACAAUGACCAUGCCCCCGUCUUCGUGCCCCACUUCUACACCCUGCCGCCCUUCCCCGAGGACGUCGCCGUGGGGACCAGUGUGAUCAAGCUGGUGGCCAGCGACGGUGACUCGGGGCUGAACCGGGAGAUCGUAUACAGCAUCACGCAGGAGACGGACCCCCACGGACAGUUCUCUGUGGACGACACCGGCCUGGUUACCGUGGCUCGACCUCUCGACAGAGAGACGACUCCGUCGCACAGUCUAAUCGUCCUGGCGACUGAUCAGGGAAGCCCGGCACAAACCGGUAGUGCCACAGUCCAGCUGACUCUGCUGGACGUCAACGACAACGGGCCGGAGUUCGAGGUGGCCUACAUGCCAGUGGUAUGGGAAAACACGGCCGGCCCCCAGGUGCUGUGGCUCAACCAGACCUCCACCCUCCUGCACGCGGUGGACCGCGACUCUCCUGAAAAUGGGCCCCCCUUCUCCUUCUCCCUGCCCCCAGAGCUCCGGCACAACCGUGACUUCCACCUGCAGGACAACGGCAACAACACGGCGACCGUGACCGCCCUGCGAACAUUCGACCGCGAGCGGCACAAGGAGUUCCGCCUGCCCAUCAUCAUGAGGGACAGCGGGCGGCCCAGCAGGACCGUCACCAACACGCUGACCGUCACCAUCGGAGACAAGAAUGACCACGCCCACCUGGCCGGGGAGAAGAACAUUUACGUCAACAGUCACAGAGGGAUGAUGGCGACCACAGUCCUGGGGAAGGUGUACGCCCCCGAUCCUGAUGACUGGGACAACAAGACGUACGUCUUCGAGGGACACGUGCCCAACUACUUUGUCCUUAACAGAAGGACGGGCUUUCUGAUUGCCAAGGAGAACGCCCCCACGGGAAGGUACGAGUUCAAGGUGCGGGUGUCAGACGGGGUGUGGCCAGACGUGGUCUCCCGGGUAACCGUGCACGUCAAAGAACUGCAAGACGAGGCCAUCUACCGCUCGGCCUCACUCCGCAUGGCAGACAUCAUGGCGACGGAGUUCCUCGCGCACCAGGGCGGUGGGCGGAGCCAGUACGAGCUGUUCCGGGACUUCCUGUCUGAGAUGCUGGCGGUCGCCCCCGGCGACGUCAACGUCUUCGGUCUCCUGGACGUGCGGGAGCGGACGCUGGACGUGCGGUUCUCCGUGAAGGGCGCCCCCUACCUGAGGCCGGAGAAACUACAUGGCUACCUCGCCGCGCACAAACAGAAGCUGGAGUCCUUCCUGCAGGUGAACGUCACUCAGGUUCAUGUGGAUGAGUGCUCCAUCACAGACUGCGGGGGCGGAGUCGAGGGGGGCGGUGGCUGCUCCAAUCAGCUGUCGGUCAGCGGCGUGCCCACCGUGGUGGAUGCUGGGAGCGUGUCUCUGGUUUCGGUGACGGUGACCACCACGGCGGUGUGUGGUUGCCCCGGGCGGGACCACCUCCACAGGUCCUGCUCCUCCUACCCCCAGAGCCCCUGCCACAACGGGGGUGUGUGCAUCGACAGCAAGGCCGGCUACAGAUGCCAGUGCCCUCCUCAGUUCGAGGGCCCGGAGUGCCAGCAGACCAAGCACAGUUUCCACGGUGACGGUUACGCCUGGUUCCCCCCGGCACGGCUGUGCUUUGAGAGCCACGUGUCGCUGGAGUUCGUCACCGAGGUGUCGGAUGGCCUGCUGCUCUACAGCGGGCCCCUGGCCCAGCUGCAGCCCUGGGAUCCCGAGGACUUCAUGGCCAUAGAGCUGAUCGACGGUACGCCCACCCUGAAGAUUAACCACGGCUCCGGCACGCUAGUUCUGCAGUUGCCGAGCAACGUGCAUGUGGCGGACAGACGGUGGCACCGGCUGGAUGUGAGGAGUGACAGUAAGGAAGUGCGCUUCACUCUGGACCGCUGCACCGCUGCCAUGGUUACGGAGAUGGAGGGCGUGGGCAGCUGGCUGACGACCGAGGACCACUCCAGCUGUGAGGUCAAGGGGGUCACACCCAACACGGCCAGGCACCUGAACAUGACCCAGGUGUUGCAGCUUGGCGGGGUCAACGAGAACCUGCCCUACAUCUACCCUCAGCUGCAGCACAAACACUUCACCGGAUGCAUCCGCAACCUCGUCGUGGACAGCAAGGUGUACAACCUGGGCUCUCCCGCUGACUCAGCGAACAGCUCGCCAGGGUGCGUGAUGACAGACGGGAACUGCGUGAACAUGGGGUACCCCUCCUGCGGGCCCCGGGGGUGGUGCCACGGCGAGUGGGGCUCCUUCAGCUGCCAGUGCAUUCCGGGGUACAGCGGGCACCAGUGCGAGAUGGAGGUUCCGGAAUAUUCCUUUGACGGCCGGAGCCACGUCCACUUCCAGCUGGCGUUCCCGCUGUCCGCCCGCGGGACCAAGGUUCAGGUUCUGGUCCGGACCAGGAAGUCCAGCGGUACCCUGGUCAGCUUGCUGUCCAAGGAGCAGAACGAGUACCUGCGGCUAGAGUUGGCGCAGGGGCUCCUGACGGUGUUCUAUAACCUUGGUGACGGUGACUACAGCCUGACCCUGCCCUCUCAUCGCCUGGACGAUGGCGAGUGGCAGCAGGUGUCCCUGGAUCGGCAGGACAACGAGGUCACGCUGAGGGUCAACGGCGGGGGCGGGCGGCGGGAGGUCACCGCGGCGCCCGGGCAGAGCCGAGAGUUCGUCAUCGACCCCGCCGUGGUGAUCCUGGGAAACUCACUGCCGUCCAGUCGCAACAAGAGCUUCCAGGGCUGCAUGCAGGACCUGCGACUGAAUGGACGCUACGUGUCGUUGGACAGCCAGGCCAGAGAGGGCGCCACCCUGGUCAGCAGCCGCGGCGUGUCGGUGGGCUGCUCCUCCGACUCCUGCAGGAGGAACCGCUGCAGCCCCCCCUUCACCUGCGUGGACCUGUGGAGGGUCCACGAGUGCAGGUGCCCGGCGGGUCACAUGGUCCAGGAGAACGGCACGGGGCGUUUCUGCGUGCACACGCCGUGCGCGGGCCGGCCCUGUCACCGGGGGACCUGCGCGUCGCACUCGCCCGCCAACUUCACCUGCCACUGCCCCCAGGGCUACCGGGGUCGCCGCUGCGAAGUCACGCUCGCCAUCUACCGCGACGAAGUGGGGCUCAGCUUCAGCUCGCUGUUCGCCAUCUGCAUCUGCUUCCUGGCCCUCCUAGUGCUGCUCCUGGGCAUCUUCCUGUGGACACGCUGGAGGAGCUACAAAGGCCUGAAGGAGGGUGUUUACCACGUGUCAGCGCACCACGACGGCUGGGAGGACAUCCGUGAAAACGUGUUGAACUACGAUGAGGAGGGUGGAGGGGAGGAAGACCAGAACGCCUACGACAUGGCCGAGCUGCAGAAGUCCCUCCAGCCCAGCCCCGCCCAGUCGGUGCAGUACAGCCACACCCGGGGGGUCCAGCAUCACCCGCACCUCCAGCACGACUCCACCAAAUCCAACGCCUCCACCUCCUCCUCCUCCACCGCCACCUGCGCCCCCCCUCCGGCCUCCUCGUCCUCCUCCACCGGCGUGACCACACUCCGCCGGGACGUCCCCCCCACCGGACCCCCGCCCCCGGGCCUGGGCCAGCCCCCCCACCUCCCCCGGAAGAGCCUGUCCUUCUCCAGCCAGGACCUGGCGCGCUACCUGUGCGAGAUCAUCCGCGACGCCGACCAGCACCCGGACACGGCGCCCUUCGACUCACUGCAGGUGUUCUCCACCGAGGGCGGCGGCUCGCCUGCCGGCUCGCUCAGCUCCUUCAGCUCCGCCGGCCUGGACGACGACCGGGCCCCCGAGUCGCUACGGGACUGGGGGCCGCGAUUCGAGAAACUCAAAGCCCUGUACGAGAGGGCCGAGGGCAGCGACCUUUGACUGAGCUCGCUGAACGCCCGGUGGACACGAGGGACCAGGGGGAGCCCGAGGUGACUUUUAGGACACUCUGUGUGUGUGUUCGUAUGCCUCCCUCUUAAAAAAUGUCCAUUUCCAACUUUCCUAUUGAGGUGAGGACCGUAAAGCAAACGGGGCUUUACGAUGUGUUAACAAUGGCUCUUUUGUUUCGUGACAGACUCAAUAGACUGGACUCUGGUCGCUGUUUCAUAUCGCCUUGCGGAUGACAAGGAGUUUGGUGGAAAGUGUUUUGCCUGUAAAUCAAAUCUUCGGAGCUUGGUGCAAUUUAAUUGUUAAAAUAAAAAAAAUGAACAAAAAAAAAAACUAUCACAGAAAAUGUACUUGUAAAAAUGGAAUUCUUCAAACUUUUCCUGGAGAUUACCCCCUUUUAAAAUGGAUCCUGGACUACAACGGGGAGAAGCAAACAUGGGGCAUCAUUUCCUUUCAAAG